AACAACAACGUUUACUUGCCAUGGAGGAAGUUUAAAUUCGGUUUCUAUAGCUUAAGCAGUUUACAUUCAAUAACAACGCUAAUGAGCUCCAAUUAAUCAACCAACUAUCUACAUACCUACAUACCCUAGUGGUGGCUAUGCAGUGCAAAAAUUGUCAAAGCACUUGAAAAUCGCUGGCCAUUGUGGAGCAACAAAACCCCCAUAAAGGUCAAAUUGGAAUAAAAGAAAUUCGAAGCAUAAUAGCAAGCGUGUAAUGGCCCACAAAAAUUGUCAAAUUGGAUGAAUUAUAUAAAAUAGACACCCUUUCAAUGGUAAAUUAUCAUUCACUUCAGGCAUUAUCCAGUGAUAGCAACCGAACCACCACCAAAAAACCUCAAGAUGUUCCAAUUUUUCUCAUUCUUUGCUUUAUUGGCGGUAGCUGUGGCCACACCUGGUCUUGUGUCGGAAACCCAUGUUGUCCAGCCUGUGGUAGCCGCCAAAGUGGCUCAUGUUGUCCCCUCCGCUGUGUCUCACCAAAGCUAUAGUCAAGUACACAGCACCAGCCAUGUUGUUGCUCCCGUAGUCAAGACUGUUGCCGCCCCAGUUGUCCAUACCUAUGCUGCUGCUCCUGUCGUGAAAACUGUUGCCGCCCCGGUUGUCCACGCCUAUGCUGCUGCUCCUGUCGUGAAAACUCUUGCCACCCCCGUUGUCCACACCUAUGCCGCUCCAGCUACUGUGGUCAAUACUGUAGCUCCUGUGGUCAAAACUGUUGCCGCCCCCGUUGUCCACACCUACUCGGCUCCCAUUGUCAAGACUGUUACCACUCCCGUUGUCCAUCACACCUACUCCGCCCCUGUGGUCAAGACCAUUGCCACCCCCAUUGUUGCUAAGGCUGUGACUCAUCAUUCCAACACCCAAGUCCAUCAUCACACUUCGGUUGUGUCUCCCGUUGUUAAGACAGUUGUGUCCGCACCAGUUGUCAAAACUGUUGCCACUCCAGUUGUCCACACCUAUGCCGCCCCUGUGGUCAAGACCUAUGCCGCUCCAGUUGUCCACACUGUUGCUGCUGCUCCUGUUCCAGUUGUCAAAACCAUUGCCACACCAAUUGUGGCCAAAGCUGUGAGCCAUCAUUCCAAUGUUCAGGUUCAUCAUCACACCUCGGUUGUAUCACCUGUUGUUCAUGCCGCUCCCGUUGUCAAGUCCGUCUAUGUCCAUUAGAA